UUCCUUCCUUUUAAUUCCUGUAUUACUUACAUAACCUUGGUAGGCCUUUGAUUCAGGAUGAAUCAGUAUGCAGUGGUCCACCUGCAUAGUACAAUGAUUUUGGAAAACAAAUGGUAUUUGUAUGAAAUGCAUCAAUUCUUAUUUAUUUCGAUACUUUCCUUGAUCAUCACAUUUCAAGAUUGUCACAUUUGCCUGUGAUUGCAUGUUUUAAGUUGAGCAUUUUGCAGCUAAACUUGUAAUGAUUCUCCUCUGUUAACAAGGUAUAUUCAAACUUGUAUUUGGAAAUCAGUUAUUUAAUAUUUACAUCAGUGUGACUUACCUGCUUUCAGUGUAAUAAUUGGUACACCAUAUUUCAAAACAUUUCUUCAUUUUGAUGUCUGUAAUGGUGUAUAUUGGGGUUGUGGCUGAUCUGUGGCCUUACAGGACAUAGUUAAACAGAACUGAGAGGAAAAUGUUGACUGCCAAGUAAAGCAGCAUUAUCAGUUUCCUCUCUCCUGCAUUGAAAGAGACGGGGAACAGACAGUGUAGGGUUUCCUGAUAUGUUUUAAGAAAGCCUGGGAUUCAUUUCCCCUCCCUUCCUUCCUAUUAGUAGUUUGUUAACUCCCAGGAAGAUUCAGGUUUUUCUUUGCAAGACCUUUCUGCUUGCAUAUUCUGGAAACAGAUUUGCCUUUGAGGAGCUCGAUCCUCACUUCCGUAAAAGUGCAGGGGGAAGAAGAGGAGAUGGAUUGAUGGUGAGAGUCUGACUUAGCACAAACAAACUGUGGAGGAGUUUCUAAUGGAAAACACUGUAGUCAAAACAGUAUUUUCUUCUAAUUUGCUGGCAUCAGCAUAGCCCUGGCCCCUGAGGAAUACAGGAUCCUUUAGACUCAGAAGUAGGAAAUGCAGCAAGUGAGAUUCUGCCUUCGGAGCGCCAAGUUGUGAACUCCUGAGCAAGAUCGUAAACUUAUAAGACAGACAUUCAACUUUCCCUUCUUCAGGAGAAACCUCGGAUAUCUCUUUGCAGCAACUGAUCAUCCCUCGCAUUAAGGAGAAGGAUGCAAACAUGGAGGUGUAACCAGCUACUUGGGAUGAGCAGUGGCUUUGUAGUGCCGUGCAUGGCUGGAGUGCACUAACAAACUGGAUGUUCUGUGGGGGCUUUUUUUUUCUUCACCAGGAGCAGCACAGGACUGCCAGUUUGGCUACACUAAUUUUGGAUGAAACAUUGAAAACCAGAUGGUUUCAUGCUUUUUUUUUUAAAAAAAAAAACAACCUUCAUUUGCCAUGUCUGAUCUGCCUACAUGAGAAGCCAUGCCUCGUUUAUUCAUACUAGUCACACCGAAAGCAGGCUGAAAGCUGUGGCAAGAUGUCCCGUCGUCUGCUGGGUGCAGAAUGCUAGAAACUAAGAGGGUCUUACAGCUUCCUGUAGAAACUACUUCAGCAUUUUCAGUCCGCUAACAACCACUGAUUUUUCUUUUUUUCUGUCUAGUAAAACCUAGGUAUUGGUUUCUGAGGGAAAGCACAUACAGUACAAAUAACCUCAUUGCACCUAUUUCCAGCUCUUUAAAUCUGUACCCUAUUUUUAUCUCUUUUGGUAGCGUUUGAAUUUCACAAAUUUUAUGUUCCAUUGACAUUUAAAAACAAAAUCAGAGUAUCUUUCAGUGUGUUGGAAGAGUGUAAUUCUGAAGAGCUGGUUUUUUUGUUUCCUUUGGUGAAGAUACAGGGAUACGCAUCCAUGUCUCAACGUCGCCUUUUAAGGGAAGGACAUGAAAGUCAUUUUAGGACCCUACCAAGAUUCAUCCAAAUCUUCCAUGGCAGACGACACUCACGAAAUAACCCAAGACAAAUAUGCUCUGAUGAAAUCAUGCAUCAGGAUAUCAUUCCCCUCUAUGCUGCAGAUAUUCAGGACCAGUUAAAGAAACAAUUUGCUUACCUGUCAGGUGGAAGAGGGGGAGAUGGAUGCCCUGUUAUAACCUUUCCGGACUAUCCAGCUUUCAGUGAGAUCCCUGAAAAGGAGUUCCAGAAUGUCCUGGCCUACCUGACAAGCAUCCCAAGUUUACGAGAUGCUGGAAUUGGAUUUAUUCUUGUCAUAGAUCGCAGACAGGACAAAUGGACCUCUGUGAAAGCUUCUAUUCUGCGAAUAACAGCAUCUUUCCCGGGAAACCUGCAACUAGUCCUCGUUCUGCGCCCAACAGGGUUUUUUCAUCGAGCUCUCUCGGACAUUGCUUUCAAAUUCAACAAAGAUGAGUUUAAAAUGAAAGUACCUAUCAUAAUGCUGGGCUCAGUAUCAGAACUGCAGAGUUACAUUGAUAAAACACAAUUAACAGAAGAUCUUGGUGGCACCCUGGAUUACUGCCAUAACAGAUGGCUGUCCCGUCGCACUGCUAUAGAAGGUUUUGCCCAAAAGGUUAAGCAAACAGCUCAGAUUCUUCAGUCCUUUGGGACUGAACUGGCUGAAACAGAGCUACCAAAUGAUGUGCAAUCAACCAGCUCCCUUCUUGCAACACACACAGAAAAGAAGGACAAAAUGAAGGAGGAUAUCAGGUUAGCAGUAGAACAGGGAGAUGACAUCCUCGGAAGUAUUACAAAACCAGUUACUGAGAAUCCUGAAUACAAACUGAAUCAAGAUCAGCUAGACAAUCAAACUACAGUAGAAAGGCUUCUGGCUCAAUUACAAGAAACGGAGACUGCCUUUGAUGAGUUUUGGAUUAAGCAUCAGCAGAAACUUGAGCAGUGUCUGCACCUUCGGAAUUUUGAACAGAAUUUCAGAGAGGUCAAAGCAGCUUUAGAUACUGUGUCCGAGAGACUGUCUGCUUUCAGAGAUGUGGGAAACAGCUGUUCACAUGUGGAACAUAUUUUGAAAGAUCUUGCCAGCUAUGAAGAAAAAUCAUGUGAAACUGUAGCAAAAGCCAGAAUGCUAGCUUCAGAGGGUGAUGCUUUUAUUCAAAGCAAUCAUUAUGCUGUGGACUCCAUUAUUCCAAAGUGCAGUGAACUUCAUCAGCUCUGUGAUGCCUUCACUACUGAGCUAGAACGGAGGAGGAAUCUUCUUAACAAAUCUCUAGAACUGCAUGGCUUACUAGAAAAGUCUAUGAAGUGGUGUGAUGAAGGAAUUUAUCUGCUGGCUUCUCAGCCAGUAGAUAAGUGUCAGUCUCAGGAUGGUGCAGAAUCAGCAUUACAGGAGAUUGAGAAGUUCCUAGACACUGGUGCAAGCAACAAAAUCAAGGAGUUGAAUAAAAUUUACAGAGAGUAUGCACACAUCCUCAAUGAAGACCUAAAGGAGCAUGUGCAAAAGGUUUUCCAGAAGCAAGAAAGUAUGGAAGAAAUGUUUCAAAAGAGACAAGUAAGUCUUAAGAAACUGGCAGCUAAGCAGACACGUCCUGUUCAGCCAGUUGCACCAAGACCUGAAGCCUUUGUAAAAUCUCCUUGCACCUCUCCAGGUCUUCAAAGGGAAUACGUAUCCAAUUCAGAAAGUAGUGCACUUCGGAGGGUAAAUUACAGAAGAGGAAAGAGUGAAAUGACUGAACUCCAUCAAAGCAGAGGAGGAUCUACAAUGGAUGAUGAAGAAAACCUAGCUGUGUUACGGCAGCAUGUAAUGAAUGAACUUAUUGAGACUGAACGAGCAUAUGUGGAAGAACUUCUCUGUGUUCUUGAGGGUUAUGCUGCAGAGAUGGACAACCCCUUAAUGGCUCAUCUCAUUUCACCAGAACUCCAGAAUAAGAAGGACAUCUUGUUUGGGAACAUGGAAGAAAUUUAUCACUUUCACAACAGAAUAUUCUUGAGAGAACUAGAAAACUAUGUCGAAUACCCAGAACUAGUAGGACGAUGCUUUCUGGAUCAGAUGGAAGAUUUCCAGAUUUAUGAAAAAUACUGUCAAAAUAAGCCUCGGUCUGAAAGUCUGUGGAGGCAGUUUUCAGAUUCUGUGUUCUUUCAAGAAUGUCAAAGGAAACUUGACCACAAGCUCAGUUUGGACUCAUACUUGCUGAAACCUGUUCAAAGAAUAACCAAAUACCAAUUAUUGCUAAAGGAAAUGCUGAAGUACAGCAAAAACUGUGAAGGUGCUGAAGAUCUUCAGGAGGCAUUAACUUCUAUACUGGGUAUUCUCAAAGCAGUUAAUGAUUCUAUGCACCAGAUAGCUAUUACAGGCUACGAUGGUAACCUGAAUGAGCUAGGCAAGCUUUUAAUGCAGGGAUCCUUCAAUGUCUGGACUGAUCAUAAAAAGGGUCACUCGAAGGUGAAAGAUUUGGCACGCUUCAAGCCAAUGCAGCGACAUCUCUUCCUCCAUGAGAAAGCAGUGUUGUUCUGUAAAAAGCGAGAAGAAAACGGAGAAGGAUAUGAGAAAGCACCUUCUUAUAGCUACAAACACUCCUUAAAUAUGGCAGCAGUUGGAAUAACAGAAAAUGUCAAAGGUGAUGCAAAAAAAUUUGAAAUCUGGUAUAAUGCAAGGGAAGAAGUUUACAUUAUACAGGCACCAACACCUGAAGUUAAAGCUACUUGGGUAAAUGAAAUAAGAAAAGUGCUGACGAGUCAACUGCAGGCAUGCAGAGAAGCUAGUCAGCACAGGACACUAGAACAAACACAAAGUUUACCUCUACCAGCAUCAUCUUGUACAAGUCCUUCAAGGAACCACAUCAGAAACACCAAAAAAACGGAGGAGAGAAAAGCUGAUCUUGCAAGUCUAGAAAGUUUUGGCACCACAGUAGCACCAAAGUACCCUGAGAAAGGCAAAGAAACUCCAUCUGCUUCUGUUAAAAGCCAGGCAUUGCCAAUGAUCCUUCUUACAGGACCAGCUUCUCCUACCAGUCCUGACAAAAAAGCUAAACGGCAUGAAGUAGUGAGUGACCCAACUCCUUUUGGUUUAAGAGGUUGGGCUAAAACAUCUCAUUCUCUUGAUGCAUCUGAAGAAAAUGAUGGCUGGUCUAGUGCUGAAGAUCCGCUGAAUUCAUCGGAUGCGGAGGAAGAAGGAGGAGGAGGGGGGGGAGGCGAGAUGAAGCUGACUCCUGGCAAAUAUACAGUUGUGACUGAUUAUGAGAAAGGAGUUUCUGAAGAAUUUACAGUGAAAAGUGGAGAUCUAGUUCAACUGAUUCGUGAAGGGGAGGAUGGACUCUGGUAUAUGAAGAACCUGAGCACUGGUAGAGAAGGUUGGAUUCCAGCAAACAACCUGCUGAUGCUCAUAGGCAAUUCCAAAUCAGCUCAGUCUUUAAGCAGCUCUGAAUCAGGCACUGCCUCCAGCACUUUGAGCACAUCGUCAAGUUGCAGUGAUAGCUGCAAUGCCAGCUGCACCAGCUUCUCAGACAUUAAGGGCUAACAUUAAAUUUCCACCCCACCUUAA